AUGGAGCUUUUCUUCCUUCACUACCCCUUUACCUGUCUACUCAUUGCCUUUCUAGUCCUCUACCAGGUGAAACCUGCAUUCAGAUUCUUUUGCAAGAUGACCUUCUAUAAGUUGUGGCUCUUCACCAUAAGCAUUGGAGUUGCCAUCCUCAGUAUUCCUCGUGGACGUAACGUGGAAAACAUGAUGUUUUUGCGCACAUUGACCAUGCCACUCAAAUACAUCUUUGGCAUUCAGAUAGUGGUGAAGGGCAAGGAGAACCUCAGGACAAAGAAACCUUUUGUCCUGGUGCUGAAUCACCAGACCUCCCUUGACAUCCUGGUGAUGAUGGAGAUAUUGCCCAGGCGCUGUGUGCCCAUUGCAAAGAAGGAGAUCCUGUACAUGGGCACGUUCGGCCUGGCGUGCUGGCUCUCAGGGGUCAUCUUCAUUGACCGCAAGAGGAGGGAAGAGUCCAUUGGCACCCUGACAGAGGUGGCACACUCCCUGCACAAGGACAAUUUGCGUGUCUUGAUCUUCCCUGAAGGAACUCGCAACCAUGGUGGCUCCAUGUUGCCCUUCAAACGUGGGGCCUUCCAGCUGGCUGUGAAAGCCCAGGUUCCCAUUAUUCCUGUAGUGUUGUCGUCCUACAACAACUUCUACAACCAGAAGGAGAAGAAAUUUACACCAGGCAAGAUGAUCAUCCAGAUCCUGCCCGAGGUGGAGACGCUGGGCCUGGGCCCAGACGAUGUUCCCAAGCUGACGGAGCAGGUCCGUGACUCCAUGCUCUCUGCCUACCAGGGCAUAUCGGGAAUGACCAAUGGAGCUUCCCAUUAGCAAUCUCAUCUUCCAGCUCCAGCUGUGUGUGCCACAGUGGAGGGGAGGCCAUGACAACCACAGGAAGGUCUGGCAGCAGAGACAAUUGUGGAUUGCAACACUGACAAACCAGAGACAGGUAAAACAUCCACCAAGAAGAGAAGCUUCCAACAGGAAUGUUCUUUGUUCCUCCUAGAGAUCACCACUCUCGCUGCCACCCAGCGAGACAGACACACAAUGGACAGCUGGACAUUUCUGUGUAAUCAUAUUGCUGAGAAUGCCCCACCAGCUGGACCCCAGGCAGAGCUGGGCCCUUCCUGUCAUCAUUGCUGCCUGCUUAUAACCACCUUUCCCUGUUCAGAUCCAACAAGGUGGAGGCACUGAUCCCAAGCCUGUGACCAUGCUGCCUGGGAAGUGGCUGUUCUGGGGUUUCAGGGUUGCCCACAUUGCCCUGGAAUACACUCAGGAGAUGGUGCUGUUUUCUUCCUCUUCCAUGGGGAGGAUUUGAGAGGUACCUCUGCCACGAGAGACAGAAACCAAGGCAGCUUUGGGAGAGGGGAAUUAAAGACCUUACGUGU